AUGGCUUGGCCUGCGACUCCGGGUUCCGGUGGGCGUGCAUCCCCCACUGUCUUUGAGCAGCAACGCGAAGAGCUCGUCCGAGAGAUUGCCGGGGGUAUGGAACAAGUCCUACAAAACAUGAACCGGCUGAACCGUAAUUUAGAGAGCAUUAUCACUGUUGGUAAUGAAUUCAGUUCUGUCGAGGCUCUCUGGUCCCAAUUUGAAAACUUCAUGGCUCGACCAGAGGAAGAGGUCGAAGAUGGUACUGGAAAGCGAAAGGUCAGCGGUGAGAGCGAGAGCCGGGAACCAGUAAUUAAGAAAGAUGAGAACGACUCGAUAACUGGGUAG